CUCAGGUUGGAAUACAGAGCUAUAAGGAAAAAGUGCGAGAAACAAAGAAAUAAACAAUCCUAGGAAAAGAGAUAAAAACGUCAGUUUUGCGGCAGAGGAACAGCUCAGAGUCAACGGGAUUGUGUACCGUGUGCGUCUGUAGUGGUGUGAGUUCUACAUGACCGUCACAAGUUCAGGAGUUUUACUUGGUCAUCUGUGAUUGUUUACUUGAAUGCCUUGCAACAUCUGAUCACAGCCAGAAUGGAAAGAAGCCUUGUGUUAGAGACCGCUUUGGUCCUCAGCAGAUCUACAUGCCACAAGUCGAACUCAGAAAGGAGAUGCCAUUGCUGAUUUUAAGAACUUCUUACAGUUUUGUCAUCUGCUGAUACUUUCUUAAUCUUCAACUAAUACACAGUCAUACAUUGAACUGGCUUCAGAUUUCUCCUUGUAGCUAUCUUCCCCUCCCCUUGCCAUACACCUCGAGCAUUGGAGUGGUUGUUGUGGAGAUGACAGUGGUGACAGAGUAGCAGAGAAUCUGGGAUGGGGAGUGCACCAUGUUCUGGUAAGGGGAGGGGGGUAGGUAGUUUUCAGGAGCUGGGUUGUAUGCCAUGGAAGGUGAGCAAGCAGAAAGGUGAGGCUGCUGGAGGGGGAUCUGCCCCUGAAUCAUAUGAAGCUUUAAAUGCCAGAGUCGACCCUUCUCCUCAACAACCUCCUGCCAUCUACCACGAGAAGCAACACAGAGAGUUAUGUGCUCUGCAUGCACUAAAUAAUGUCUUCCAAGAUGGUGCAGCAUUCAGUAGAGAGGCACUUCAAGAAAUCUGCCAGAGGCUCUCCCCUAGCACAAUGGUAACCCCUCACAAGAAGAGCAUGCUGGGUAAUGGCAACUAUGAUGUAAAUGUCAUUAUGGCUGCAUUACAGACUCGUGGUUAUGAAGCUGUUUGGUGGGAUAAAAGAAGAGAUGUAAGCAGUAUUGCACUGCCAAACGUGACGGGCUUUAUUUUGAAUGUGCCGUCCAACCUUCGUUGGGGUCCUCUGCGUCUGCCACUCAAACGGCAGCAUUGGAUUGGAGUGAGGGAAGUGGGUGGAAUCUUCUAUAACUUGGAUUCAAAACUACGCAAUCCCCAUCCCAUUGGAACAGCUGAUGAGCUCAGGAAGUUCUUGCGUCACCAGCUUCGAGGGAAGAACUGUGAACUGCUGUUGGUUGUGCCAGAGGAGGUGGAGGUCCAUCAAACCUGGAGGACUGAUAAUGUUUGAGCGUUUUCUCAGUUGGUUUAACUCGUGUUCAGGAGGGAAUGUUAAGGUUCAAUCAGGGAACCAUAUAAGAGCAAAUGGAGUUGCAGUAAUGAAUCACAAAAGCACACUGGCAAGACUUUUUGUUUACACACAGGAAAAAAAAAGCCCACACAAAAUGCUGGACCCAGACUAAAGCAGCAAAGGACAUUAAAACACAGGGAUGUUGCAAAAAAAAAUAAAAACACUAUACUGUUCUGUAAGACUUUUAUCUAUAAGAAUUUCAACAUUUGGAUUUUGGCAAUGCAUUUUGAUAUGUCUGUCAUUUUUGUUUCAUACUGUAUAAGAUUUAAACUAAGACAAUGGAAUUCAGUAAUGCAAUCUCUGUCUAUGUUACACACAGUCACUUCUUUGCUGUUCAUGUGAUUUCCCUUUAUGUCCAUAUGAUUGUGAUAAAGUCACACCUCAACUUCUACUGUAGCAGUGGAAGGUUUUUAUUUGGCUAGAUUUUAAAAGGAACAUGAAGCACCUUCACCUAAUGGUAAUCGAUGUGUGGUUUGUUGUGGGGUAUAAUGGAUAAGAAAUAUCAAUGCAGCACAGUGUGGUCAAACUAUAACUGGAUUUUUCGUGUUCAUCUUUUGUAAGAGUCCUAGGGAAACCGUUACUUUCUGCCUUGCACUACAGUCAUGUUACCCACAAUGGUUAUAAUUCUUUCCCUCACAUAGAUUCAGUUAAAACCACUGAGCGACACCUUGCAAGGGUUAUGCAAGUUACAUGCAUAAUAUGGUUACAUGAUUUAAUGGUAAAAUAUAAUCAUGUGCCAUUGACAAACAGUUUGUGCUGUAUUUUCCAUGGGUUUUAUGACUUUUUUUUACUUUCAUAAAACUUUGUCAAGACAACAGAGAUUUCUUCCUCGAAUGAGUGCAGGAGUUUGGGAGAGGUUUUUAAAAUGAUCAGAUUGUUGUUUUUGUUGU